GAGCCGGCCUUCGCUCGCUCACUUCUCGGUGUCUACACCCGGUGGCCGUGCGGGCCAGAAGCGGUCCCGAAGAGUCAGACGCGGAGGGGAAGCAGGUGUGCAGGUCUAAGUGUCGAGGUGGCGCACUCUCCGCGAGAAUCGGGAGGAGGAGGAGACUGCAAGGAUAGGCCCAGGGGCAAUGGCGUCCAAAGAGGAACAAGCAGUAAAAAAUCUCAACGUGGAGAAUGCCAAACAGGAAAAUGAAAAAAAGUAUGAAAAGGAGCAAGCUGCUAAUAAAGGAGAACCUUUGGCCCUCCCUUUGGAAGCUGGUGAAUAUUGUAUGCCUAGAGUAAAUCGUAGGCGGUUCUGUGUUAGGCAGCCCAUCCAGCAGUAUAGAUGGGACAUGAUUCAGAGGCUUGGAGAACCACAGGGGAGAACGAGAGAGGAGAAUAUGGAAAGGAUUGGGGAGGAGAUGAGACAGCUGACGGAAAAGCUGAGGGAAAAGCAGUUGUUCAGUCAUAGACUGCGGGCAGUUAGCACCGACCUCCUUCCUCACCAUGACCAUCAUGAUGAGUUUUGCUUUAUGCCUUGAAUCCUGAUGUUUUUCCUGAAGUUAAUAGGAAGACACACCUUCCUAAAGUUAAUGUUCUCAGUGUACCUUUAUUGUCAACCUUUUG